AUGGCAACAGGCAGGAGCACGGGGAGCCGGCAGUGCGACUGUCUGCCGGGCCGCCGCUGCGCCGCACUCUCUCUGCCACUAGCGGACAUUGCCUGGAACCUGGGCGCCAAAAUAGCGGUCGCCAUCGAUGUAGGCAGCCAGGACGAGACUGACCUCUGCAACUACGGCGACAGCCACUCAGGCUGGGGGCUGCUGUGGAAACGCCUCAGUUCCUGGGCCCAAAAGGUUCAGGUGCCCGACAUGGUGGAGAUCCAGUUGCGCCUGGCCUAUGUGUCGUGUGUGCGCCAGCUGGAGAUAGUAAAGUCGAGCUCCUACUGCAAAUACAUUCGCCCGCCCAUCGACCGCUUCAAAACCAUGGACUUUGGCAAGUUUGACGAGAUCUAUGACGUGGGCUACCAGCACAGCAAGGUGGUGUUCAGUGGCUGGGGCCGCGGUAACAUCAUUGAGAAGAUGGUGAAGGACCGGCGCUCGGCCGACUUCUACGAGAGCAAGCGCAUGGAUGUGCUGACUUGCCCCAGCGCGGGGUUCACUGAUCUGGCUGAGAUCGUGUCUCGCAUCGAGCCGGCCAAGUGCUACCUGUCCGAUGGCUACGCUGAUGGUGAGGAAUCUGACUACCUGACGGAGUAUGAGGAGGAAGGGCUGGACCCUGCGCGGGGAGAGGAGGAGCUGUUAGCGCCGGCUGAGUGGACCCACACUGAGGAGAAGAGUCUGCGGCACCGCAACUCCCUGCCCCAGGAGUGAGCCCAGCCGCCUGCUCCUGGACUGGGACAUAUGGAGCCUGCAGGCCCAGGGCUGGCACUAGGAGACUGCAGCCUGCAUGUGGCUGGGGCACUGGAGCUCAUCCUGCGCUGGAUCCCCUGGCCUGCAUCUGCUGCUGGAGUCCUGAGGCCAGCCUGGUUCCACUCGCUUAAUGGCCAGGGUUCUGCUGGGGUCAGCAGCCCUUCUACAGC